AUGGCAGAAGCUGAUGGGAGAUACUGGUGCGAAUUACUGUCAUCUGAUAAAUACAUAAACUCCGAAGACUUCAAUAAAAACAUGACGUCUCGUCAUCUAUUCAAAAAGGUUCCGUGUGCAACGUCGUGCAAACAGCUCUAUGAAGCAAAAAAGUUUAACAAAACUCAAAUGGCCACCCUAAGAUUUGGUUCAACACCUACUUCUGUCAUGUGUCACGUGGGAGAUUUUGGAUGUGGGCCUGGGGCAUGGACAACCGUGCUGAAGACUGAUGGCAAUAAGAAAACCUUCCGUUUCGACUCCGCUUACUGGAGUAAUACAAACGAAUAUAAGCUCGAUGGAGGUUCAACUGGGUUUGACACACAAGAAACCAAGCUGUCGACCUAUUGGAACACGCCUUUCUCUCAAAUCUGUCUCGGUAUGAAGGUCAGCGAGCAACUUAAUUUCGUUGUCCUCAACAAACAAGCCAGCUCUCUGUUCUCACUAAUCGCUGACGGGUCUAACCGCUCCACCUCACUGGCUCGUUACACAUGGAAAACGCUCCUUGGUUCAAAGGGCUCCUUACAGUUGCGGUGGAACAAGCAGGGUUUUAACUCAGUAUGUAAACAAUGUAGAGUCAGAAUCGGUAUCGUGUCCAAUAACGAGUACAACUGUGAAAGCUGUGAUUCCAGAAUUGGCUUUGGUGCAAGUGGACCUCCGUAUGACUCCAGCACAUGUGGUAACGAAGCUAAAUGGUACCCUGAUAAUGGAAAUAGAAACAUAAAAGCUAUGGGCUACGUAUUAGUGCAGUAAAAUGCAAAUUGUAGACACACUCCACCAAGAAAGUGUAAAAGAAGGAACCUUAACAAUUCUUUUGAACAGCGAUAGCGCUUCCUUUAGGAAAAAGAACUAUUUAUUUCAUUUUGUCCAGUUUACCAAGAUAUUUCAACUACUUGAGCACCUCUCGGGAGUUUGGGACAUGGAUUGUUUUAUUUCUAAAUAAUAAUUGUGCUUUGUUUGUUCGUUUUUUUAAUCUUAAUGAAUAUUCCCCGUAUGAUAAAGGAAUUGAGGGAGUCACCCCUAUCAAAAUAAUCCAUAUCCAACAUCAGUGAGCUACGUGCCUAGCUUUUUUAGCCUAUGCAGGUUCUAUUUCAGAGCUCGAAAAAAGAAAAAAAAUACCAAUACAGUAUGUACUAAGAUAGUUCAUAGCGUUGAAGGUGUACUCUGAAUGGCUACUCAAACUCCAAAUAUCCUUUUGUAUUCACCUCCGAACAACUCGAGCGGGAUUUGCGCCCAAAAAUAUUGUAAUCAUUGCAGAAAUAAAUAGGUUUGAUUCAUCUUAGUGUGUUAUUAUAUCUCAUUGUUUCGAUUUAUACUAAAACAAUUGGUCACCCCAGUGCCGGAGGCUACUGGUAGAUAUUUACCCCGCUGCUUAGUAGCUUGUUAAAUAUCUGCCACUAACCACCUCAACUUCAGCGAAUAGUUGUUAAUUGGAAUCAAGAGCGAAGUAAAGUCGCCAUGCGUUGAAGAUUUAUGAUUCACGAUUUUUACAGUGGAUCGGCGAGAUGGGGAUGCGUUAUCACUCCCAUGACUGCGGCAUUCGAAAAGAAUGCUCUGCAGGGGCAAUGUCAGUUUUCCUUUAGACUCGCAAAAGAAAAGUACUGGAAGAGUCCUUUACGGAGAAAUUUUAUCAGAGAGUAAUCGAACUGUCCCGUCGAAAAUUAUUCCAUUGCGUAAGUUUAUGUUUUAAGGAAGUAAAACUAGCCUCAAAAGUUUGUGUAACUGACGCAAUAGAGCAGCGCGCGACCUUCAAUUUAGCUGCACGCGCGGCCUCGUAACAUUACGUUUUAGUUUAAAGAAUUUAUUAUCUUUCAUUAGAACUAAAGCGAAAGCGCCGUGACAGCCCGCAAGCUGUAUAGAGGUUUAGUUGUUUUUCUUCUCAUAUCAGUUAACGCAAAAUAUUUCAACUGAAAGCGAAGCUUUAGCUGCCGUGCUUAAAACCUGUUCAUUGUUCUUGUGAUAGCAGCAAUAAGGUUAAUAUUUUAUGCCUUUUUAGUUUAUUUAAUUAGGCAAUUUGUAUCCGUUUUCCUUUGAUUGUGAAUUAUCGUUUUCUUGAAGUAAGUUAAGACUUAAAAAUUUUAGUCUAAGCGAAAGUUACUUACGAAAUCGUUGUACCGUUAAUUGUAAAUCGUUAUUUUAUUUCUCAUUUGUAAUUUGUUUGUACUUUUAUUUUAGUUCUCACAGUGUUCGUUUAGCAAAGUGUUCAUGGUUAAAGAAGUUGAAUCAAUUUUACGAACAUCAGUUUGUGAACGUUGUGA